UUUAGUUCUUUUUUUUGCAGUCUGCACCUUCACUGCUCUUUCGCCGUAUCAGUAUUUUCAGCCGUCUGUCUGUCUGUCUUUGAUUCCUUCUCUGCCGUUCGCUUUUUCAGUGUGAUGUUUCUGCGAAUUAUUCUCUGAUUUUUGGUCUGGAGAGCUUCCAUUGAGCUGAACUUUUUCCCGGAAUUUGUUGAAAGGGUGGAAGGUUGAGUGUUGGUGGCGGUGGUUGAGGUUGGAGUGCAGUUUUCGGUGUUUGGUGCUGCCAAUGCUGUUUUCUUCUCCUCUUUGAUGUUCAAUUGAUUGUUUUGGAAGUGUUGGGGUAUAAUUUGUGUUGUUUCGUUGGACUUAGUGUUGCUUUGAUCUGAUUGGAUCUAGCAGCGCGGACAACGCCAUCGCUGCAGGGAGUGUUUAGUGAAGGAGGAAGGAUGCAAGUGGAAGAUCAGAGGAAGAAGGUCCCUAUGGAGGCAGAAUUUUUUAGUGGAGAUUCCAACAGAUACAAAAUUCUGGAAAUUAUUGGAAAGGGUAGCUAUGGAGUUGUGUGUGCUGCAAUUGAUACCCAUACUGGUGAAAAAGUAGCAAUAAAGAAAAUAACAGAUACUUUUGAACACAUGUCUGAUGCUAUUCGGAUUUUGCGAGAAGUGAAGUUGCUUCGCAUUUUGCGUCAUCCUGAUAUUGUGGAAAUUAAGCGGAUCAUGUUGCCAUCCUCUAGGCGGGACUUUAAGGAUAUCUAUGUCGUAUUCGAGCUUAUGGAGUCUGACCUUCAUCAAGUCAUAAAAGCCAACGAUGACUUGACGAACGAGCAUCAAAGGUUUUUCCUUUAUCAGAUGCUUAGAGCACUGAAAUAUAUGCAUACAGCUAAUGUGUACCAUCGGGAUCUUAAACCAAAGAAUAUAUUGGCAAAUGCCAACUGCAAGCUCAAAAUAUGUGAUUUUGGACUUGCACGAGUCGCAUUUAAUGACACCCCAUCAACAAUAUUUUGGACGGAUUAUGUUGCAACAAGGUGGUACAGAGCUCCUGAGUUGUGUGGUUCUUUCUUCUCCAAGUACACACCUGCUAUUGAUAUAUGGAGUAUAGGCUGUAUAUUCGCGGAAGUCUUGACAGGAAAACCGUUGUUUCCGGGUAAAAGCAUUGUGCAUCAACUGGAUUUGAUUACUGAUCUUCUUGGGACACCAUCGGUGGAUACAAUUUCAGGAGUACGAAAUGAGAAAGCAAGAAAAUAUUUAAUGGACAUGAAGAAGAAGUGUCCCAUCCCUUUUGCCAAGAAAUUCCCAAAUGCAGAUCCUCUAGCUCUCAAAUUAUUGCAAAGAUUGUUGGCAUUUGAUCCCAAGGACAGACCAAGUGCUGACCAGGCAUUAGCUGAUCCUUACUUCAAGGGGCUAUCGAAACUUGAGAGGGAACCAUCUUGUCAGCCAAUCUCAAAGUUGGAAUUCGAAUUUGAGCGCCGGAGAGUGACCAAAGAAGACAUCCGGGAAUUAAUAUACCGGGAAAUUCUAGAGUACCAUCCUCAAUUGUUGAAGGACUAUGUCUCCGGAAAUAGUGGCAUUAGUUUUAUCUAUCCCAGUGCUAUUGGUCAGCUCAAAAAGCAAUUUGGCCAUCUUGAGGAAAACAUCGGCAAAAGCGGCCCUGUGAUUCCUCCGGACAGAAAGCACGUCUCUCUCCCAAGAUCCACGGUGAACACUACAACGAUUCCUCCACAAGCGCAGCUGUAUAUGUAUUCAUACGACAAUCCAAAAAUGGGGCGAGAGAUGUCGACAGGAGCUAUUACAGGAACUCUAUCAAAUGUCUCGAGAGCUCCUCCCCGGGCACCUAAUGCCAAGCUCGGCAAAGAAAUGGGACCCGUCCUACCGUACGAAAACACCAAACCGGCGAAAAUGGAUGGACGGGGAUACAUCCAAAACGCGAUCCUUCCACCUCACUCCAACUCUCCGCAAUGCUUCUUCAGGCCCGACGCCGGGAAGAUUCCAGAGAAACAGAGUCGAGAACGAUCCAACCAAUACAUGACGAGCCACGACAUGAACACCAAUCCGUAUCAUCGACACCAGACAAGUGGAAAAUCGACAGCCAUGCUGAGUAACCAGAUUGCUAUCGAUGCGAAGCUGUUGCAGGCUCAGUCGCAGCUCGUUGCUGCUCGCCGGGAGGUUGGGACCCUUCAGCUCGGACUUACUUAAUGAAAUGAAACGAAAUGAUAUGAUCGAUGGCGACUCGACGCCCAUGGCAAGAAAAAAGAAAUCGAUCAUUCGAUCGGUUGUGUUCAAGAUAGCAUUGUUAGGAGUGAAUGCAAUGAUGUUUUGUGGAUGGAUCGAUGUUGAGCGCUCUUAAUAAGAAUCAAGUUAUGUCUUUGGUAAAGGUUCGAGGUGAGGUUCGGUUCGGGUCGGGUCGGGUGUAAUGUAGCGUAGCAUAUACUCAUUUUUAGUGAACUUGCAAAUGAUUAAUAUAUAUAUAUAUAUAUAUUCA